AUGUCUCGUCGCAGUGGCUCUAAACAACAACCAGAUUCACGCUGUCCAACACCACCAUCUGUGGCGCCUUCUCCCGCCGGAAGAGGACGCGGUCGUGGCCGUGGGCAUGGAGAAUCCUCCUCAAUUCCCACUCCUUCUCCGGUGAAUGCACCAUCCACUCCUCCUCCGGCUUCCACCAUUGACGUUCCUUGCGGCACUGCACCUCUUCGUGUCGUGUCACCGUCUCUGGCGGCGGAAUCAGAAUCUUUCACUUCUGCGGUCGAAAUGCAACCGUCGCCGCUGUCAUCAAGGAAGGCGGUGAGGUUCAGUGAACGACCAGGGUUCGAUCUUGUAGGGAGGAAAAUCAAAGUUCGAGCGAAUCAUUUCCAAGUCCAAGUCACUGAACAAGAUCUAUUUCAUUAUGACGUUCAUAAUCUCAACCACUUAAUUCAUGCAUUUCAUUCUUAA